AUGGAUACAAAGGAAAGUAGGUAUGAUAAACUUAAUCUUGAGGAUAUAUAUUAUUAUUAGUUGGUAUAAAAUGAUAUUUAAUAUUUAGUUUUAAAAUGAAAUUUUCGAUUCAUCGUCUUUAGCAGUGCAUACUUGGAACUUAGUUAUAAUUUAGGAGUAUUUUCAAUUUUUAGAUUUAGAAAUAAUAGUUAUGUAAUAAAUAAUUAAUUAUUGUAGGAUAACCUUUUUCUCGUUGAUUGGAUUCUAUCAUUUUAUAUUUUUUGAAUUUAAGUAUUUUGAGUCAUUGAAAAUACAAUUCUUAAAAGUAAAUGAAUAUUAUAAUCGCUACAUUCCUAAUGAAACAUUAUAGAAAUAGAAAAUAAUGCGUUCUGAAUUUUUAAGAAAGGGAGUCAUAAGAAAAUGA